AUGUCAGGAACCGAAGAACAACCACAAGAAAAUCAGCCUGUGGAGAACCUGGAGCUGACGAGGAGGGAGCAGAUGUUGAAGCGUCUGUUUGGUUCCAGUAAAGUUUUUCUGACAUUUGGGGAGAAGAGCUCAGAGCCGCGACCGGAGCUGCAGGCCUGUGCCAUCAUUCAGAGCAAGGCACAGGAGCAUUACAGACGAGCCUAUGUCCUGCAGCCCGAUGACGUUCACACUGACAGACUGGCCCGCGUCUUUUUUCUGCAGGGCGAGUACCUGUUCCAUCGAGAGCUCUUCAAAGAGGCACUGGAGGCGUUUAGAAAAGCCAAAAUAAUCAACCCUGCUUCAUCUAGAAUAUAUGACGCUCGCAGUGUGGCGUGUCUGUCGGCGCUGGGCCUCUACACUGACUGUGUGCAGUUGGUCACAGAGUGGAUGGAACAGGACGGUCCCACAGCAGAUCUCUAUGUGCUCAGAGCCAGACUCCACCUCCAGCUCAGCAAGGAUUCACUUGAAGAUGUCAAGUGUGCUCUGGAACUGAACCCGUCCUGUCCAGAAGGGGGCGCUCUGUUCAAGCAACUGAAGGCAGCAGCAGAAAGGGCGAAACAGUUUGCAGUGGACAGAGCUCUGUGUGGAGACCUACCCCAGGCCCAAAGGCUUAUCAACCAGGCUCUGGAGAACCUGCCUCAAGACCCCCACCUGUACCUGUUGAGAGCUCUAACGGACCUGGUCAAGGCCGUGGAGCUGAGCCAGGGCAGUGAGCAGGAGGACGCUGUGGUGAAAGAGGCAGAGGCUCAGCUUGUACUCACCUACAACGACUUCUCCCUCGAGUGCUUCUCUAAAGGGCUGUACGAGGAAGCCACAGCACUGCUCAACAAGGCCAUAGAGGAGGAGAAAAACCAGCCAGGCCUUUACAUCAACAGGGGAGACUGCUUCUUUAAACAGAGGAUCUGGCUCUAUGCUCUUGCUGAUUAUCAACAAGCUGAGGAGCUGCUGGGCCCCAAUGACCCGACUGUCAGCCAGCGUCUGUCUGUGUUUCACAAACUUGUGGGAAGCAUAAGCUUCGGUGAACGGCGCUUUAAAGACGCCAUGCUGAGUUUCUCUCAAGCCCUUCAGUAUGACCCUACUCUGAGUCAGGCCUAUGAGUUACGAUCUAAAGCUCAUCGGCAACUCGGCAACAUGGACCAGGCCAAAGAGGACUUCGUACGGACGCUCAUUCUUCAGCCCGACAACACAGAGCUACCUGCGAUGCUGAUGAGUCUGUUCCCUGGUCACAGUUUCUCUUCUGUUCUGUCCACUGCGAUGGCUCAGUGUGUCCGAGUGCAGCUGCAGCAGGCCAUUCAGAACUACAGCUCCAACACCAACUCCGUGACAAUUGACAUUCUCCCUCUGGAUGAAGAGAACUUGGUACUGUGCGUCACCAAGCGGCAAUAA